AUGGAGGAGGAGCUGGCGUGGGAGACCCAGGGCCUGCUUCCUCUGGAGAGGCAGCUCCAUGAGGCUGCCCGCCGUAACCACGUUGGGAGGAUGCUGAUGGGGAGGAGAGUACACAUCAGGGCCAGAAAUCACGUAGGCAGGGUGGCCCUGCACCGGGCUGCGGGCGCAGGGCACGAGCAGGCUGUGCGGCUGCUCUUAGAACGUGAAGCUGCUGUGGAUGAUGCAGAUGCGGUACGGGUCCCCUCACGCAGGCAUGUCUGUUUUGGGAUGAUUGUGCUUCUCCUGUCUGCCUGGUUCAGCCACUUACGGAUCCUCCAGAUCCUGGUCAACUCCGGGGCCAAGAUCCACUGUAAGAACAAGGACAACCUGACCUUACUGCACUGCGCAGCCCAAAAAGGCCACGUGCCAGUGCUGGCGUUCAUAACAGAGGACCUGGAGGACGUGGCCCUGGACCACGCUGACAAGCUGGGAAGGACAGUGUUUCAUUGGGCUGCAGAGCACGGACAGCUGGGUUCUCUGGACUUCCUUGUGGGCUCUGGCUGUGACCACAGUGUCAAAGACAAGGAGGGGAACACAACCCUUCACCCGGCCGCCUGCUGUGGCCACCUGGCUGUGCUGCAGUGACUCAUGGACGUCAGGCUGGACCUGGAAGAGUGGAAUGUGGAAGGUCUGACUGCCCUGCACGCAGCUGCUGAAGGGAUCCACCCCGACUGUGUGCAGCUCCUCCUCAGGGCCGGGAGUAGCGCGAACGCCCUCACCCAGAAAAAGCAGAGCUGCUUCCACUACGCAGCCCUCUGUGGCUCUGAGGACAUGGCCUGGGCCCUUGUCCAUGCAGGAGGCAGCACUGAUCAUCAGGGCGCCUCUCCUGUGCACAUCACCGUGAGGCACAACUUCCCCCUCCUAGUGCAGCUCCUCAUCGACAGCGGCAAUGACCUGGACGCGUUGACAAUGUAAGCAGCAGAUAUCCCUCACCUUGCCACCGAGCAUGCCUGGCAGGACAUAGUGGAUAUUCUCCUCAUUGCUGGGGUUAACUUAAACCUGAGAUAAGGUACCUCUCAAGGAAAAACCGCCUUGCCAGUGGCUGCCCACAUCAACUGUGUCAGCCUGGUGGACAUGAUCAUAAAAGCCGAUCGCUUCUACAGGUGGGAGAAGGGUACUGAGACUCUGGACCUCUGUGACCCCUCUGGGAAGAGCUUGACCUUUAAGCAGCACCAUUGGCAGGAAACGCAGCAGCUCCGCUCUGUGCUGUGGUGACUGGCCUCCAGGUACCUGCAGCCCCACGAGUGGAAGAAGCUGGCGUAUUGCUGGGAGUUCACCGAGGCCCACGUCCACGCACUCGAGCAACAGUGGACAGGCACCAAGGGCUACCAGGAGCACGGGCCCCUCACAGCCAGUGAGAACCUCAGCAGAGCGCUAUUCAAAGCCCUCGUCGCCAUUGGGUGGAGGGACCUGGCUGUCUCAGAAAACUGGAUCCGGUUGUAUACAGGGAGGCGAUGGGGAGAGAAGGCGUGAGGCAAGCGUGUGCAGAGGGAUGCCUGUGCCCAGGAAGAAGCCCAAAGGGUUAGAUGAUACAAAUCAGGUGAGUAGGAGGCAGUAGGAGAAAGUGGAAAGAGGAGGUCCUUGAAGUCAGAGCCCGUUUUAGUACCAACCUGCUCAGCUGAUGACCUUGGGCAAUCUCUUAACCUCUCUGAGCUACGGUUUACAUGCUAAACGGGCAGGGAGGUGGUGGGACUGAACGGAGGUGAUGCAGGUAAAGCAACGAGCGCGGCCUUGGCACCGCGGGGCGCCCGGUGGCACUCAGAGCGCGGAAAGAGUCGGGCGUGUAGACCGGACGGGACCAGGCGGGCGCCCAAGGGCUGACCGUGUACCUUCCGGGCGCCCGGAGACGCCGAGAUCUGGGCCUACACCCCUCCGGCGCAGCUGCUUUCCUCGACUAGGAGUCCAAACACUCGAGGCCGGCUGCAGUGGCUCCACAGCCGCGUCCUCGACACCCGGGCCUCCCAAUC